GAUUUAGUGUAAUAUCAUAAGCCCAUAUGUAUGAAUAACAGUAAUUUUUAAUAUUUACAUGUUAUUUGACUAUAAUCUCGAUAAAUGAAUUUUUAAAUUUCUUGGCGUUUAUUUAUCCACUCUCAAUUUACUAAUGAUAAUUUACAUUAUACACUAUCAGAAAACACGUUUUGUCAUCAAGUUUUUACGGUUGGUCGUUGAUCAAGACAAGUCAUACCUUGCAUGGAUCGUAAAUUGUCGAAUAAUCAAACGUGACGUCUUAUCAGAUAAGAGGAUCAUAAAAUUCAAACGUCAUGGGCGGCUGCAAAUUUCAAACACAAAAUAUACGGAAUCGCCGCCGUCUUCUCUAUACCAAUGGAAUAAUAUUCGCCAUAGCACUGGUGUUCGGAUCGGCGACCAGAUGCCGUUCGCAGGGUACGACGGACACCGUGUCGGAGGACUGCGCGGGGUUCACGGGGUGCAGUAAAUGCACGCAGGAGUCCACGUGCAGCUGGUCGCUGGAAACGCAGACGUGCAUGCAAUCGACCGACAUAACCGGCAACCUGAUCGUGCACAUCGAGGAGAAUUGUCCGCAGUACGUGGUGAUCGCGAACGUGUCGUGGCGGGACUCGGCGUCGGUGUCCGAGGCGUACUCGUUCCAGGUGAGGGUGAACAACGACCUGCACGGUUUCCUGGUGUUCCUCAACCGGAGUCGGCCGAUAUGCUGGCUGGACGGGGUGCCGUUGCACGGCACGGUGGUCGACGACACUAUCGUGUGCGGCACCGUGCACAAGUGGUCGGCGGGCGACCGGCCGCCGCCGGAACCGCGGGUGCUGUUCAACUACGUGACUUUCGACAGCGCGGUGCUGCGCGUGGACCGCGUGGCCGACAGCUACGUGCUGCUGGACGAGUACUGCCCGGGCGCCGACCGCUCGUACUGCGUGUCGUGCUCGUGGGACGGGCCGGGCUACACGGACUUCUACGCACGGUGCGCGGCCAACAACACGUGCUCGGGCCCGUUCGUGUUCCACGAGCGGCGCUCGACACACGACUACUCGGUGACGGCGGUGCGCAGGGACGUGGACACGCGGCUCCAGUGCCCGGAGUUGGCGAUCGAGGCCGUGGACCCGCCGUCGGCCCGGUGGAACAGCGGCACGCCGGUGCGCAUCACCGUCGGCGGCCACGCGAUCCUGGCCGACCGGAGGGCCAUGACGGUGACGGUGGCGGGUCGCGCGUGCACCGCGCCCAGCACCGUGGACGAGCGCACGUUGGCGUGCACCGUGUCGCUGGCCACCGAGCCAGGGCCGUCCGACGGCCCGGUGAUCGUUCGCUACGGAGCCCACGACGUCGUGGUGUCCACGUUCAGGUUCCGGUUCGUAUACCCGGAGGUGCGCACCGUGAGCCCGGUGUGCGGGCCGCUGAAGGGCGGAACGUUGCUGCGCAUCGGCGGCCGGUCGCUGAACACCAGCACGGUGGUCCGGGUCACGGUGGGCCCGGCCGCGGUCGAGUGCCGCACCGUCGACUGCGACGACCAGAGCAUACGCUGCGUGACCGCGCCGUCGCCCGUGGCCACGACGGGCCCGGUGAUGGUGCUGUUCGACAAGUCGCUCAGCGAGCACGUGGUCAGCUCGACAUUCGCGUACACGGACGACGUGCCGACUGUGAACGUGGGCCAGCGGUACCGCAUCUACCGGGCCAUAUUGGACGGCUGCGACUCGUUCGUGGUGCACGGCCGUCACCUGUCGUGCGUCGAGACGGCCGAGAUCUACUACGUUUUCGGCGAGUCCAAGGUUUACUCGGAAUGCACGGUCGAGGACGACACGCGCAUGGUGUGCCGGAGCCCGGCCAUCAGCCAGUGGAACCCGUCCGAUCCCGACCACAUCGGGUUCCGCGUCACGGCCGCCGGAUCGAUCUUGGAAUUGUGCCCGGGACCCGACCCGUCCGGUUACUUCUGGUUCGUUGAUUCCACCGCCGCCAAGGUCGUCGCCGCGUUCGCACUGUUCGGUGCCCUCGCGUUCUACUACGCGCGCACCAAGAAACGUUCCGCCAACACCGAGGCCGCCCGCAACGUGGUGGUCGAGUUCAAAGCGGCGGCGGCCGUGCCCGCGCCCAAAUACAACAACCUGACGUACCAGAACCGCGGUGCCGGUGACGUGCUCAUAAAGGGUGUUCGCACUACCAUUACCAUACAUCGUGACCGGACCCAUCGCAAAUUCGGUUCACAGGGCGUCGUACGUCCGGCAACCCGUUCUCCGGAAACCGCCGUUGGUGUGCAACAACCGAAACGAAACCAAGAAUUAGGUAAAAUAAAUCUCAACACCAUGGAUAAAAAUAGACGUUCGAAAAACAAUGAAAGCAAUUGGAACCAUUUUUCAAGACUUUUAUUCGUAUGCGCUGUGAUGGUGUGCGGAGCGGCGAGCUGCGACUGCGCGGCCACGGACAACGCGACCAUCGUGUGCCCGGCAUACAUGGAGUGCACGAAAUGCACCAAGACGCCGUCGUGCAGCUGGUCGCUGAGCCGGCAAACGUGCGUGGACCCGGCGCAGAAGGCCGAUGGGCUGAUGGUGUACAACGACGAGAACUGUCCGCGGUACGCGGUGCACAAGCCGACGGUGUACUCGGCGACGGUCACGAUGGACUACGCGUACACGGUGAACGUGUCCAACGACGUGUACGGGUUCCUGGCGUUCCUGAACCGGACGAACGUGACGUGCUACGAGCCGGAGACGGGCGCGGCCACCGCGGCUGUGGUGACCAAGGACGCGAUCGUGUGCGGGUCGACGAAGCAUUCGAACACCCGAGCCAUGGCUUUCCGGUUCUAUUACAUGGCGUUCGGCGACCGUAGCGUGCUGCUGCGGUUCGACAACCGGACGGACAACUACGUGACGUUCUACUGGGACACGUUGGGCUGCAGGGACGUGGCCGAGUACUGCGCCACGUGCCUGUGGGACGGCCCGGACGGCCACGUGAACCGGUACGACCGGUGCUCGUCGAACAACCCGUGCACCCACGAAAUGUUCGAGUACCUGUCGGUGCGCUCGUCCCGCGACUACAGCUCGGUGCUCACCGGCCCGGUGCCGGUGCGAGUGCUCGGGUGCCACGCGAUGGGCGUCGAGUCGGUGACGCCGGCGACCGGGUCGUGGAACGGCGGCACGACGGUACGGAUCGUGGUGCGCAACCACAACGUGCUGGCGGAACACCGCACGGUCACGGUCACGGUGGACGGCCGGAACUGCGCGUACCCGAAAACGGUGGACAACGAGACCAUCACGUGCGUAACAUCGCCGACCGCGAUGGCCAGCCCGAUGGACGGCGUCGUCGAGGUGUCGUACGACACGGUGCGGCUGGCCACCGCGCCCGGCACGUUCCGGUUCGUCUACCCCGAGGUGACGACAUCGAGCCCGGCGUGCGGCCCGCUCCGGGGCGGCACGCAGCUGCGCAUCGAGGGUAUGUCGCUGGACAUCAGCCGCGCGGUCCGCGUGUUCGUGGGCCGGCAGAACAUGUCGUGCGAGACGAUAGCGCGUGGCCCGCGGCACAUAUUCUGCAUGACGUCGCCGAUGCCGGGCGGCCGGUCUUCCACGGGCCCGGUGUCCGUGCUGUUCGACAAGGUGCUCAGCCUGCGCGCGGUCAACGCGUUCACGUACACGGACGACGAGCCGGCCAUCGACAAGGGUCAGCAGUUCAAGGGAAUCGCGUCCGGCGGCACCACGGUGCCGGUGCGCGGCACCCGGUUCGCGUGCGUGGAGAGCGCCGAGCUGCACGUGGUCGUGCAAACGUCGUCACGGCACAUCAGCUCUAGCUGUGCGGUUCGCAACGACACGUACAUGGUGUGCCGGUCGCCCAAGCUGGACGUGCUGUCCGCCUCCGAGACGUCCACCGUGCUGGCCAACCUGUUCUUCCGGCUGGAGUUCGCGGGUCGGGUGAUCGACCUGUCACCGCAGUCCGACUCGCCCGGAUACCUGUUGUACGCCGACCCGGAGUUCAUCGACUUUGAGACCGUCCAAAACCGCGUGGUCAUCGGUGGUCGCGGACUGGACCUCGGCUACGAGAUCGCCGACGUGGCCAUCCGGUUCCAGAACGCGUCGGGCGCGUGCAACGUGACCAAGCACACGCAGCACCAGAUCGCGUGCGAUCCGUCCACACUGGUGCCGCGGACCGGUGACCACGUGCACUCCGGCGACGGCGUCGUGGUCACCAUCGGCGACUCGUUCGAGUACAUCGUCAAGAAAAAGUCCACCCGGUACAACGUGUACCCGGUCAAGAUAUUCAGCAUAUUCUCCGGCAUCAAGAUCUUCCUGAUCAUCACCACCGUGCUCGGGUCGAUACUGUUCUGCGUCAAGACCAGCAUGGGCAACGAGGACGACGUGACCGACAUCAUCAACGUACAGUACUGUCUGUCCGAAGACAUUCGCAAGUCCACGGCCACGUAAUACGUCGGUCGGUGCCCGCGAGACGCCGUCCACGUUCUUUGGCCCCACUCGAAUUCGUCACCUACAUAUUACGUUUAUACAUAUAUAUAUAUAUAUAUAUAAUUUUUUUUUUUUACCAUUUUCAUAUACAGUUUUUUAAUACGCUUUGUGCCCAUAUUUUGUUUCGUCGCUCAUCAAAACAAUACCAUAGCUUCGUCCGAGGCCUGAUGAUUGAAAACCCGUUGGUUAUCUACCCCUUUGAUGGGACGUUUUAAAAUCGUUUCGGUCCUUGUGACGUUGAUACUAGAUAGAGUCUCUAGACUACGACCAGUCCUCGCUUUAAUCUUGUCCUGGUUCUGUCUGGCGUUGGUCAGCACGAAGUUGUAAUUCGAUUCGCCUACGGGUAAAUGAUCCGCACUGAUCCCGGUCCAGUUCCAAGACGUUCGUUUUUAAAAAUAUACUCGAACGGAAAAUCUUUAUGUAUCGUCUACUAGUAUACUAGUAUACUUGUACGAUGAUAAUCGUAAUAUUACAUCGUGCGGUAUGGGUAGGUAUUCAUCGUCUCAUUUAUAGUUCUCACUCGAUUUAUACUUUGCAUUUGUGCUUUUAGAAACGCCAGCCCAUGACCGAGUGGUUAUUUUUUAUUUCUAAUAUAAUUUAUAAUAAAACUUUUUGUUUUGUCAAAUUUGACUUUUUUCCAAUGUAUUUAUAGUACAUACUGUAUGUACUGUAUGUAAUAUUGUAUGACGAUAAGUCUGCCGCAUUAGGGAGAUAAUACAAAAUAAUCUCCUAUGAAUGUAUAUAUUUAAUAUCCUGUAAACGUUUAAAUAUAUAUCGCUUUAUAUUUCACAUAUCGUUUCGUUUGAAAAUUCAACGAUAUGUACUUAUUGUAAUUAAUUAUUUGUAAUUAUUAUGUAAUACACUUUAAUAAUACACACUCCUAUAUUAUACUAUGAGCUAUAUAAACCAGGUUAGGCACAAAUGAUCAAUAACUAAUUAUAGAACCAAUAAGUAAGGAAUCGAAUCGAUAAAAUUUUUAUCAGUUACACUAAAGAUCUGUAAGUUUUAUCGAUCCGAUAAAUAUGGUGUUAUCGAACCGAUUUAUUGUUGUCCCGUUUUUGGUUCGAUAAACAAUAAACAGAGUUAUACAACUUUACUGACUUGAUAACUUCUGAUAAUAUUCUAUCUUAUCUUAUUAUAAUUUAUACUUGUAACCA